AUGUUGAUCACCAGGGCUAUUUCGACCCAGGAGUUUAAAGCAAAUGAAGCACUGUCCUUGUUGGAGCAGCGGAUCACCGACUUCGGCCUUCAGAUCGCGGUGGAGAAGACCGAAGCCGUCUUCUUCACGUAUAGGUACAAGUACACUAAGCAACCGAUCAAAUUGUGCGGCGGCUACGUUCAGCAUUCGACCGAGAUGAACUACCUCGGUAUGGUGGUGGACAGGUCGAUGCUGUUCAAGUGCCAGGUCAAGAAAACGGCAGCCAGAGAAACGGAGAUCGGGAACCAGCUGGCGAGGAUCAUGCCGAAUACGGGCGGGCUCCGUGAGGACCGACGGCGGCUCCUGUCGUCGGUGGUGCACUCUUUGCUCCUGUACGGUGCCCCUAGCUGGUUCGUGCCAGGGAACGUUCUGACUCUGAACAGAGCUCAACGGAGAGUUCUUCUCCAGUGUGCUUGCGCGUACCGCACCGCCUUCAAGGUGGCCACAAACGUGAUCGCGUCAGCGCCGCCUGCAGACCUCCUGGCGAAGGAGAGAGAGGCGGUGCUCGACCGGAGAAGUACCCCCACGUCACCCACGGGCCACGGCAGGCAACGAUCCGAGAACCAACACCAUGGAGGCAUGGCAGGAGAGAUGGUCGACGGAGGAAUCAGGUGGCUGAUCCCGGACGUCCAUCCCUGGUGCGCCAGGAGCCACGGGCUGACGACGAACUUCCACCAGACGCAGUUCCUGUCGGGACAUGGAUGUUUCGGCCAGUAUCUGUACCGGAUCCGCAAGUUGGACAACCCCAGGUGUGUGGACCGUCUCGCGCCAGUGGACGACGCGGAUCACGCGCUUUUCCAGUGCGACAGGUGGUGA